AUUAGACGAAAUCGGAAGUAGUAUGCAAUACUUCUCUCGCUCUCAGUGUGUACUCUUGACACAGCUGGUUCACAUUGCAACGCGAAAUUUAUUUACGAUGAACACGAGAGCCUGGUAGUGAUGCGAACGACCCACGCACAACAAGGGAGCGCUUUCUGGCAGAUUUUGGCUUUUAACACCCCCGCUUCCUAUCUUUGUUAUAUAAAAUACAUAAACAAAGGGCGUCUACAUUUCGCUCGCGCGCAUUAGGUCUGUUUUCAUGGAGCGGAGCGACGCGAGAGAGGGUGUCAGGCUGCGGGGUCUGGACACCAGCUGAACUAGGGGAGAGGCGCCCGUUCUUUACGUUAGCAUGCUAGCUUUGGAGAUGAAGCGCAGACUGUGAUCUAUUCGGCCGGAGUCACAUCAUGGCGACCAACGGCGAUGACCUGACGACGGGGAUGGGGGAAAUUAUACAGCUGAACGUGGGGGGGACGCGGUUCAGCACCUCCAGACAGACUCUGAUGUGGAUCCCAGACUCUUUCUUCUCAAGUCUGCUGAGUGGAAGAAUAUCCACUCUUCGGGAUGAAACUGGAGCUAUAUUUAUUGACAGAGACCCCACCGCUUUUGCACCAAUUUUAAAUUUCCUCCGAACCAAAGAACUGGACCUGCGUGGUGUCAACAUCAGCGUUCUGCGGCAUGAAGCGGAAUUCUAUGGCAUAACUCCUUUAGUGCGGCGCCUUCUUCUCUGUGAAGAACUGGACCGAUCUUCAUGUGGUAGCGUUCUCUUCCAUGGCUACCUUCCACCUCCAGCCAUCCCUGAAUAUAAGUCUCGCUCCGCCUCCUCCUGUGACGAGCGUCCGGGUCCGAGUGGAGCCGAGGGGUUCAGCUAUGUUGGUGCCCCUCCUCACCCUCCCUUCCCCUGCUCACCGGGAUUAGAUGAAGCUCAUAAACUUGGACCAGACCCUCGCAAGGUGUUGAUCAUAACAGGGCACCACAACUGGAUUGUAGCAGCAUAUGCACACUUUGUCAUCUGUUACAGGAUAAAGGAAUCCACAGGCUGGCAACAGGUGUUUUCAUCUCCCUGCCUGGACUGGACCAUUGAACGCAUCGCACUAAACGCCAAAGUGGUAGGAGGCCCGCACGGAGACAAAGACAAGAUGGUGGCAGCUGCCUCUGAAAGCAGCAUCAUACUCUGGAGCAUCCAAGAUGGAGGCAGCGGCAAUGAAAUCGGUGUGUUCAGCCUCGGUGUGCCUGUGGAUGAUCUCUUCUUCAUUGGAAAUCAGCUUGUAGCGACAAGCCAUACAGGGAAGGUCGGAGUGUGGAAUGCUGUAACACAGCACUGGCAGGUUCAAGAUGUUGUUCCAAUUACGAGUUGCGACACAGCCGGAUCCUUCCUGUUAUUGGGCUGCAACAAUGGCUCCAUCUACUAUAUUGACAUGCAAAAGUUUCCUCUGCGGAUGAAAGACAACGAUCUCCUGGUGACAGAGCUUUAUCACGACCCCUCAAACGAUGCCAUCACCGCAUUGUCUGUCUACCUCACGCCUAAAACCAGUGUGAGCGGGAACUGGAUCGAGAUCGCCUACGGGACCAGCAGCGGCGCAGUGAGAGUCAUCGUGCAGCAUCCAGAGACGGUGGGCUCGGGCCCCCAGCUCUUCCAGACUUUCACCGUCCACAGGAGCCCUGUGACCAAGAUCAUGUUGUCUGAGAAACACCUGGUCUCAGUGUGCGCCGACAACAACCAUGUUCGCACGUGGACGGUGACCCGCUUCCGUGGGAUGAUUUCCACACAGCCUGGCUCCACUCCUUUGGCCUCCUUUAAAAUACUCUCCUUAGAGGAAACGGAGAGUCACGGCAGCUACUGUUCGGGAAACGACAUCGGUCCGUUUGGAGAGCGAGAUGAUCAGCAAGUAUUCAUCCAAAAGGUCGUCCCCAUCACCAACAAGCUCUUUGUGAGGCUUUCAUCAACUGGAAAAAGAAUCUGUGAAGUGCAGUCUGUGGAUGGGACCACCAUCUCUUGCUUCAUGGUCCGGGAAUGCGAAGGUUCCAGUCGGAUGGGCUCGCGACCGCGCCGCUAUCUGUUCACCGGUCACGGCAAUGGCAGCAUCCAAUUGUGGGAUCUGACCACUGCCAUGGACACCGCCAACAAAGGAGAGGAGAAGAAGAAAGAGGAUGUCGGCGGUCCAACAGAAGAGGAACUUCUUCAGCUAUUGGACCAGUGCGACCUUAGCACAUCCCGCUGCGCCACGCCAAAUAUUAGCCCCGCCCCAUCGGUGUUGCACAACACGCGCAUCCGUGAAUCCUGUUCAAGUGUGCAGUUGCAGGUUCAGGAAGCCAUCCCUGAGAAUCAGGUGACCUACGGGGCUGUGCGGCCAUACAGAGAGAGCCCUCUGCUGGCCCGUGCCAGAAGAACAGAGUCCUUCCGCAGUAACAGAGACUUCCAGAACUUCAGCUUGAGUCGUGGAAUCUUGGAGGGUGCGGAUCAGAGCUCCAGUCAACCCUCGGAAAACCGCCGUUCGCUCUGUGACUUCGGGUCAGAGGAGAGUGAGAGAAGUGAGAGGAGGAUGUCUGCGAUGGAGCUGUGGACAUGUCGAAGCAACAAUGCAAACAAUCCAGGUGUUUUAAGUGCACCGGGCAGAGUUAAGGCUGACGGCGGGAGUCAGGAAUCCUCGCGACAGCCCCCCGACUCACCCUUAUUCGGGGGAGGCGACGUCAGAGGCAAGGUGCACCCGCAGCCUGAGGAAGGGGACGCAGUGGGAGUCGGUGGAGACGGGGCGAAGGCAGAGGCGGAGGGAGGUACGAAGAAGAGGGGCGUGCUGGACGUGGGCUUUCUGGGGAGAAAGAGGGCUCCCCCGGUCCCUCUCCUCUCAACGGGGUCAGAAGGUGGCGGCGGCAGCGACUCCUCUGCCAAUGCUUCGCCUUCCCCCACCAAACUGACUUCCUGCACCUCACCACGACACAGGAAGUCCACUGCUGAGUCGUCCAAUCAGGACAGCAGCCUGUAAACUUUUCUCCCGUGAGUGCGAAUGGUUGUCUCCACAGAUAUCAUAUACUGUAGAACUACGUCUGAUGCGUGCACUAAGCCAUUAGACACUUGUCGGCCAUAUUGCGUCCUGGAUGUUUACCUUAUUUAUAGAACUAUAAGUCGCACCUGAGUAUAGCUCGUACCAGCCAAAAAUGCCCAAUGAAGCGGAAAAAAAAAUAUAUAAGUCACAUUUUUGGGGGAAAUUUAUUUGAUAAAGUGAACACCAAAAACAGACAUAGAAAGCAAUUUAAAAUAAAAAUAGAAUACAGAACAACAGUUUCUAGCUAACUCCAAACCUUCUUUCUGCUGCUCGAUUACAGUUUUUGGCUGCGUAUUUCACUACUUGCAGCUUGUAAUCUGCAGAAAAGGAUUUUCUUUUUGGUGCCAUUUUGUUUAGCCCUUCUCAAGUUUCGUUUUUAGAAGUUACCACCAAUGAUUUACAAUGCUCUUAACAAAUGGUUCAAACACAUAUUGCCCCCCAAAAAAUGCUAAAUACACCUAUAGACUAAAUUACAAAUGCAUUAAAAAAGAUUAGCCCAAACCAAAACUUGGCUUAUGUUGGUCUUAACAUGGAGCAGGUGGAUUCAGCCAUGUGAAAUGAGUUAUGUCAUAUUCAAUAUCACCCGUAGAGGUCAGUGUAACCACCCAAAUCAAUAAAACUAAAUGCAAACACUUUCAAAAAAAUUACAACGCCACUCUAAUUAAACGAAUACUUAAAGCAGCAAAAUUUAAUCGUCUUUUUUUUGUAAUCGAAUUACUCGAGUUAAUCGAGUAAUUGUUACAGCACUCGAAAUGAUAUUGUAAUGUGUUAAUAAUUUCACAUGCAAGUCACUUUAGAGUAUAAGUCAUAACCCCCGGCCAAACUAUGAAAUAAAAAUCGCGACUUAUAGUUCUGAAAAUAAGGUAUAUUUAAUUAACCGAGCUUUUUGAAAUAGCUAUGAAUUCCUUGAUUUUCUGAGGAUAAAGAUGCAUUCAAUUAACCAGAUACUAAGAAAUAACUAUUUUUCCAACAUCAAACCUGAAUCAUAGCUACAUUUAUACCGUUUGUCAGAGACCAAAUCGUUUGAAAAUCAGGCAAGAAUUUUGCGAGUAAUUAGUAUUUUAGUGGCGAAAAUCACUCACCUUACACAUGCUACAAUAGAGCUCGCCGGAGAAGUCAUUGACGCAACAUGGCCACCAGUUAUUUUACACAUUUAGCCUUUUAUAUUUAAUAUCUAUGGUGAUUAGUUGGUGAUCCGUCCAGCAUGUAGACUACCCUGCUUCCUCAUACUCAUGCUGGAUUUGCACAGCCUGGUUCAGGUGACUGAGGUAAAAAAGAAACAGGAAUGUGGGAAAUUAAAGGUUGACCUGUAACUCAUUGGCUGUCAUCGCUGACAACGGCAGUGAAACCUAUUUGUUCACUGCCAGCCCUUCCAUUUCAAAUGGAGUGGACUCUCACCGUUUUAGCUGUGCAAUGUCAAUACAGCCGACUUUUAAACUCCAGCUUUACCAUGAUCCUGAACUACAUAACCAGGGUGAAUGGACAUGAAUGGAAAAAGCUAUAGGAGUCCUAUGGUACAAGAAACAUUACCGUCCAGUAUAUAUUAAGAUCAAUGUGAUAUCGCUAGAGCUUUUUACAGACAGUGAAAAAAAUUGUUUCACACAAUUACGCAACAGUCCAGAUGCACAUCAGCAAUGCACUAACAAAGACGAGAUGUUCGCAUAGCGAUGAUGACUUCGACUUGUUUGCUUCCUGCUUCGUCUUGAAUUUUCUCAUGCUUCAUUGCAAUGAGAGGCACAUACGUUGAACACACUUGGCCUGAGGGUUCCUCCAUCUCAUUUUUUAAAAAAACUUUUCAUUGAAAAAGAAGCACUGAUGUGCAACUACUGGCUAACUCUUAUCCUACUGGCAAAAAUAUUUGAAGUCGGCACUUAAUUACCGUAUUGGCCCGAAUAUAAGACGGUGUUUUUUUGCAUUGAAAUAACACUGAAAAAGAGAGGGUCGUCUUAUAGUCGCGGUCUAGACAUUAUACCCAUUCACGACGCUAGAUGGUGCCAUAUAUCAUUGGAGCGAUGUUCUGUCAUGACAGAUCUCAGCUACUCUCCCCAUUCACGACGCUAGAUGGCGCCAGAUAUCAUUGAAGCGAUGUUCUGUCAUGACAGAUCUCAGCUACUCUUUUUAGUUUAACCAGUUUGCAGGCAAUGUUUUUCCUUAUUCAGAUUUGUAUCAAGACUACAGUUACAGUUAGACUUCAAUUUGAUGGUUAAUGCAGUUAUUGCAAUUUUGUUGUUUUUUCACAAUAGAUUGAUUUACAUUUCAAAAACCAGAAUCAAAAACCAGUAGCCAUUCAUUUACGAAUGUGAUUGCACUUUAGUUGACAUAUUUAAAUGUUCAGAUAUUAAGAUUUAAAUGAGGCAAAAUAACAUGCUUUUUCUCUCAAAUAUAUUGUUAUAAUCAUUUGUUUCGGAUGUACUGAAAUUAUUUUCUGUAUAAAAAUUAAUUUGGUGUUCAAAAAAGUAUUUUUUUCAAACUUGAGUCUUGAAAAAGAGGGGGUUGUCUUAUAAUCCGGGCCAUUUUAUAUUCGGGCCAAUGUGGUAAUCAGCCCUGUUACAUUAAAAAUAAUCAUAAUAAUCAAAAACUCCAUACAUAUACAUUCCUAGGAUAUACUGCACCUACAAUUUUUUUUAUGAUUUGUCCGCAUACAAUGGAGAAAUAGGGAAAAAAUCAGUGUACACCCCUCCCAACAACAACAAGUGGCGACUUGACAGACCUUAAGCUUUUUUUAAAAAAACAAGUUUUUUCACAGUAGUGCCUGCCUGUGCAAGAUUACACAAAUUAUAUUUUUACUCUUUCACAAAGGUCCUACACUACAUCACUUUAUCAUGUUUGUCUUAUCUUGUGUGUGCCUUAUUUAACAUGCUUUGACGCUAAUCCGCCUCGUUUUAAAAGAUGAAGGCAUCACAUUAAACAAUUACAUCUGUACGAGCCAGAUGAGUUAAGUGAUCAAGUAUCAACACUUAUUGUUAUAAAUAGUCAAUUUUACCAGGAAACUGUGACUACUCUGACCUGUAGUUUGUGCAGUUGUUAGAGGGUAAACUUAACACGUUAGCAGCAUGUGAUCUGCAAAAGAAUGCACUUUGUAUGACAGUGUCGGUGUAAAUAAAGCUUGCUUAAUACUGGAAAAAUGAAAGCAAAAGAUGAUGUGCAACAUCCUUGUAGUGCAUUCACAGAAAUUGUCACACUGAAAAAAAAAAAUCCAAAAGAAAUCCUGAUAUGAUGGAUUUAUGUUUGAUGUCUUGUCAUACUUUGUAUUGUUGAGAAUCAUAGAUCACUACAUAACUGAUGCUAUUGGACCUGAAUGCUUUUGCACUAUGAACACAACACGUACUUUUAUUUUAUAUACAAGUAUAUAAUAAAUGUAUCAAUGUGUUAAUGUUCAAGUUGUUUCCUGGUUGUGUUGUGGUUAUAAAUCACCUUAAAAUUUGAUUUACAAUUGAAAAUAUACUGUAUCUAAACAUUUUAAAUGAAUAAUAAAUUUAAAUUGAAUUAAAUGUGACUUAAAAAAUACAGUAUGAAGAAAUAUCUAAUAAAGGAAUCCAUGUUUGUUAGACUAGUCUAAAAUACAUCUAAGUUGAAUACUCAAAUAUAUUGAUACUAAAUAUUAAAAGAAAUUGGUGCUCUACUAGUUAUUCUGCCUUUCAAAUGGAUCUUUAUAUGGUCAAUUAAGGGCUUUUCGAAAUUAUUCCUGACAGAUACAUCUUGAGUUGUCAUUCAUAAAUAUGUAUAUUAUACACACACAAAGGUUAUAACAAUAGACAUAUCGAAAUCAAAAGCACGAUACUCGGUCACAAUCCUGUAUCGUGUUGAAUCGUGAUGCAAAAGUAUUAUUACUAAUAUUUUUGAGAAUAAAUAUUUGUCAUACUGUAUUUGUAUUUAUACAUUUAUUUUGUGUAAAUUUUUCAGGUGUUUUUCCCCAUAAAAUUAGUUAGUAUUCAUGAAAAAUAUUUUUUUUAAUUCAUAAAUUUUCUUUUAUGUUUCGAAUUGUGGGUCAAGAAUCGUGAUACAAAUCGUGUCGUUCAUUUUUACAGCCCUUUAUAUUAUGUGUGUGUAUAUAUAUAUAUAUAUAUAUAUAUGUGUGUGUGUAUGUCAUAUAUUAUAAAGAUAUGAAAUAAAUACAAGAUCUGGGCUUGAACCAUUG